AUGAUUGAAAAAACAUUGUCAACUUUUGAAGGCGGCGGUGGAGGAUGGCCAGGAAAAGUCUCAAAAAAGGCAAAGCGUGCCGUUGGCUUGGAACCGGCCCUCAAGUCACAAUUUAUCCGUCGACCCGACAGGGAAUCUUCUCAAGGCCGUCACUUACAAAACACGACAUUUAUAUGGAGAACAUGCAUGAUAGUUUUGUUUUGUGCGGCGUUUUGCUGUGCCGGUCAUCCCGACAGAGAGAGAGAUGAGAUUGCAAGGUUGCCCUCUUCUUCGACAAGCGUAUGUACACAAAUGUUACGCAAAGGUGAGCCAGCAUGGGCAGUCGUGUUUCCCAGAGCUCUCGUACCCUGCUCCAACGAUCACCCCCUCUUUGAGAUUUGCGAAUGCGCCCGUCCCACUCCCUGGGAUGACCUUCCACUCGCCAAUCGCCUUGUACUCUCCAUCUUUGCCGAACGUACCGUCACAAGUGAACACAAUCUCUCCUUCUCCUAUGAAGAUGAAGAUUAG